GGAAAUACCAGCAGGACAGUGCACAAAGUAGAAACGAGGGAGAGUUCCUGAUGCUCCGGGUUCCACAUGGUAGCAGUGAUUUUAAAUGCAGACAGUUUCAGUAUGGGCAACACACUGAGAGCAAUCAUUGCCUUCAUCCCUUCUGAUGACUGCCAGAAAUACCUCCUGGGAGACCUUGAAGAGAUGCCAAUUGAUAGAAUGGUGGAUCUGAGCAGCAGGCAGCUGAGGAGAUUUCCCUUGCAUGUUUGUUCUUUCAGGGAGCUCGUCAAGCUGUACCUGAGUGACAAUAACCUGCACCAGCUGCCCCCAGAGCUAGAACAGCUGCAGAACCUCCAGAUCUUGGCGUUAGAUUUCAACAACUUCAAAGCGCUGCCCCUGGUGGUGUGCACCCUGAAGCAGCUGUGCAUCCUCUACCUGGGCAACAACAAGCUCUGCGACCUGCCCCAGGAGCUCAGUCUCCUGCAGAAUCUCAAAACCUUGUGGGUUGAGUCCAACUGCCUGAGCCACCUGCCCGAGGUGGUGUGUGAGCUGAGCCUCCUCAAGACCCUGCACGCCGGCUCCAACGUGCUGCACACGCUGCCCGCCGGGCUGCGGUGCCUGCAGGAGCUGCGCACCAUCUGGCUCUCCGGCAACCUGCUGGCUGACUUCCCGCCGGUGCUGCUGCACAUGCCAUUCCUGGAGGUGAUUGACGUGGAUCGCAACGCCAUCAGGUCCUUCCCCAGUCUGGCUCACCUCCCCGGCCUCAAGCUGGUGAUCUACGACCACAACCCCUGCAGGAAUGCGCCCAAGGUGGCCAAGGGGGUGCGCAGAGUGGGGAGGUGGGCAGAGGAGACCCCCGAGCCCAGGAAGCGCUCCGAGCUGGGCAGGGAGGAGGAGACCGACAGCAAGGAACCGCCACUUCCCCCUGACAAGCAGCCCCAGCCCUGCUAAGGAUCAGCCAGGAGGCUCUUGCUGGUGCUGCUGUGGGCAGCUGGCAAAUCGUCACCUGCGCCCUUCUCCUCUGGCUGCGUGGGAUUUGCGCACCUCCAGCUGGUUACAGCAAAAAUGCCUUUUAAAUAGAGCAUUUAUUCACCUCCUGGUACCUCAGCUGUUAAAUGCAUACGAUAGUGCCUAGACUGUUCUUCACAACAGUAUUUUAGAGGCCUGUAUGAUCUGUUAGUAGGUGUAGCUAUUUAAAUAGAUGUGCCAGCAAAUUUCUCCCUCUUGUCCCAAAAGCCUCCUUAGGGCUAAAACCCAGCACUUCCUUUGUAGUAUGAGCAGGUGAAAAACACUGUAUAAAGCCGACCCUUUGAAGUGACGGAACGGAUUUUCAUCUAGCAAAAUCCCUUUUAUUCCAAAUGCCACCUAAGGAAGCAUGACUGAGUGAGGUUUUUCCAUCCAUUGAUCACGCUGGAGCACUCGUAAGUGAGCACUAGCUGCCGUACCCGAGACCUGUAUCAAAAGACAUGUUUCUCAUGCAAAUGAUGAAAGGGAUCUCAGUAGCUUGUCAAGACCCCCUCUUCUGCCUGGAAAGAGGGUGUAGCAAAGAUCAUUUGACUGUCCCCAACUAACACCUAAAAUGACUAGACUAAGCCUGAGAGAGAAUGAGGUUUUUAUGUUUUAUGUGCCUUUGCCAGCACUUUAUGCAGAAUCAUUUCUUCAUUCAGUGGGGUGGGUUUUCACACCUGCAAAAGGAGUUGUUUUGUUUUGUCUUUUUAAAGGAAGAUCUGAUUGUAAAACUACAAAAACUGGCAGGGCGACUUACAGGUGUAAUAUCUAAAUAUGGCCCCAAACCUGCAAACACACCUAUGCUUAACUAGAGCUAGCCCCAGCCUUCAAUGGGACUACUCCCCUGCUAAUGUUUGCACAACUGAGGCCUGUACUUCUGCCAUCACACUUGGAAAUUGACUAAAUUGCCCCUUUAAUUUAAAAGGCAUGUUUUGCACUAAUGUGCCCUGGGUAACGAUAACUGACUCAAAAUGGGUUGAAGUUACGUCUACAGUACUUCUGUUAGUCUCAAAGGUGCCACAGGACCCUCUGUUGCUUUUUACAGAUUCAGACUAACACGGCUACCCCUCUGAUACGUCUACUAAGUUAUACUUGCAGAGACUGUUCUUUUGAUUUAUAGUAUUUUUUUAUACUCUGCACCAAACUUGAGAUGUUAAUGGGGUUUCACUGGACCCGAACAGCUACCUGUUUCUGUCAUCUUAACAGCACAGUACACACAAAUGACAGUUAAUUUUCCAUAAAAGGUUUGAUUUAGUGACUGUUUAAUGUCAUUUACAUUCUUAAAAGAAUAUUUGGAAAGUAGGAAAUCAGUUAGUACUUGCUGUCUAAUUAAAGUUAAAUCUGGAUUUGGAUCUGGCUAGUACCCACCUAGUGUGCUUCCCAUUUAUUACACUAAAUGAAUUGGAGUUGUACUCAAGUGCCUAGAGCAGAGGGAAACUGUAUUGCUCUGGAAUUAACUGGAUUACUUUUCUCAAAGCCUUUGCCAAAUCUUGUUCUGCCAAACUAACAAUCAUUUCUUUAGUGAAAUAAAGGGAAUAACAUUUGGAUUUUAUAUAUGAAGACGCAUGCCUGCUUCUUGUUUCCAUUCGAAUUAAUGUGACUCUUUUCUGUUUGGUCUAAUUGGGGCAUCUUUCUUUUGCUACACAUAUGAAAUCUUAUUACUGGGCAAGAAACAGCAACUUUUUUGUUUUUUUAUAUCCACGUAACAUUAAAAUAAGCCCAGGCUGUACUGAUUGUCUACUACAGCGUUCUAUAACAGCCCUUUCACUGGUUGCCCUAGGAAGAGCUGCUGAAAUAUUUUAUUCAGCUUUGGGCAUCAUCGACAUAGUUCUGACAUAGUUUAGAUCAGUAGUGUCAAACCUGUGGCCCUUGAGAUGACUGAAAAUUAUUUGUGAUUUUAAAGUAUGUUCCCUAAGCCAUACCCCAUAAUUAAAAUAAAUAAAUAAAAAUGGAAGGAUUUAACGCAGCCCUAUCAUAAGGCUACAUUUCUGCCUCCUCUUGCCACUCCCCUUGCAAUUUUUGAACAAUACAAGAUUGCGAUUGUGCCUCACCGUCCUGGUUUGAUGUUUGGUGCUGCAAUUGAUAGAGUUGGACAUUCACAAGAGCUAUUUAUGGUGCUAGACCCUUAACAAUGUUUAUCAUCCCGCCUCCUAAAUGACCACAAUCACUGCAUGUACAAAUAGCUGCAGUGGGGAGUUGGUGACAUUGAUUGUUACUGCGAACACUCACCCGUCACUGUUGGUGAAAGUCAUGUCUGUAUUUUGACUGAUUUAACCUUUUGAAAUGCUGUAUUGUAAAUAGAUUGGCGGGUUUCAUACAGACAUCAGCAAAUAGGACUUCAGAUAGUCAUGUAAAGUUAUUAGAGCCACAACCCAAUAGUCAGUCACUUAUUUUACUAUCAUCUUUUGAUAUGCUGAUAAAUUCACACAAAGUGAACACCGUAGAAGACUGGACUCAAGCCAAGCUUUGCAGCUUCAAUAAUUACAUAAGGGAGUUCUAUACUAAAUGGCAAGCCAUUUUUCCCCUUUAAUAGUCCUUACAAGUAAGAAAGUGCAAAGCUGGUUGUAGGUAGUAACAAUGGCAACUCUACCAAGUUAAUAUUCAGUAUACAUAUUUUAAAAAAAUGCACACACAGCCUUGCACUUGAGCAUUUAGUUUCUCUUUAUUUUUCUCAGAGUAGAAUAAACCAAAUCGAUGCAGAUUUCUAAACAGUGGGAAAUCUAUAUAGUUUGUAUUUAUUUAUAUUAUAGUAGCAGCUAGAAGCCCCAAGCUGGGUAGGCUGAAAUCGUAUAGGCUACAACAGAGGUGGGUCUGAGAGAUUUGAAGAGAGUAGUAGCCUCUUGGCUCAAUUCAGAUCUAAAAAAGAAAGCAGCCCUAAUUUGAAUAAAAUAGAGAUUCCAUCAUUGUUAGUUUCCAGAUAUAUCUGAGAGAGACAAGUUUGAGGAUCUGAUGCUCCAUCUUAAGCCAGCUGGCUGGGAUGCUACUUUUAGUUUUGGUAGCCUGAAGCUCGGCAGUGAAAAUGAGGACCACCUUUCGGUACCAAUCUUAAAUUUUGAUCUCAUGGCUACACGCUUAAAACAGAGGUGAGAAUUGAGCAGACAUUACAGAUAAAGCGAGUCAACUAUUACAGAAAUAUAUGAGUUUUUACGGUUUCAGUGGUAGCCGUGUUAGUCUGUAUCAGCAAAAAAACCGAGGAGUCCUUGUGGCACCUUAGAGAGUAACAAAUUUAUUUGGGCAUAAGCUAAUGUCACAAGCAUUAUUUUUCUUUCUAGCUGUAAUGGAUAAUGCACUACCAGAUCUUAACCCUGUGUCACUACUCCAAGACUGAGUAUUCUUCCUGUAACUGUGCAGGAAAAUAUCACCUAUGGGGGAAUAAAUAUUUAUUUAGUAAGCUGUUAGAAGAUCUGCAGUGUUUGAAACAUCAGACAGCUGCCAGUGGAGCUGGAGUAAGGGGCAGAGCACAAAUGCAACAGUCAGAAGUGCAUGAUAAAUGCAACUACCACAUGAAUGUCAUCACAUAGAGUAUACUUACAAUAUUUGAAAACAAUGCAUCUGUAACAGAUAGUAAGUAACAUAGUUCAGUCUAUUUAAACAAUUCUAAGAUUUUUCCUAUUGAUCUAUCACAUCUUUCCAGAGGAUGCUGUGUUAGAACUCCAGAGCAAUAUAUACAUAUAUCAGAAGAUAUGUAAAUUUCAGCUAAACACUGCUCUAUCUUAAACACCUGUCCCUGAAAUGGAUAAGACAACACACAAGUCUCUGGGCAAGAUUAUUUUGAAAUGGUUCCAACGUGUCCUUUUCUAGAUAACAUCAACAUUUCUGUCUUGUAGUUGGCAAGAAUAACUUUUUCAGGCCAAAUGUAACCAUGUGAUGAAGAGCACCACCUCAGAGUUUUGAUCAUGAAUAACCUUCAUAAGAACAAGGAAAAUCACAAAACUAGGAACUAGCAACUGAAACG